AUGAGGUAACAAACAAUUAUCCUCGUAAUAGCUGAUACAUUACAGAAGUUCAUGUUUUGCUUUUUUUGCAUGUUAUAGUAGGUUCAACCACGGUGCGAUAAUGAACAGCCUUUAGAAUCAUUGUAAAGUUCCAUCUCCAUAAUCCUUCCAUUGUUCAACGGGUGAAACGCGACUCCAAACUGGCGUCGUCAGUAUCUAAGCAACGACGCACAAUAACAUUGUAGCACCGAAAAUAAAUAAUAUUUUUUUUUUGCUCCAUUAGGAUUUUUAAAAAAUUUUUUUUUUACUAUCUCCAAAUUACCGAGGGAAACGACAAAAACGACGUCUGCGAGGAUUUCAUUUGACAUUUUACCGAGUUGUUUUGUCUUCGCGUCAUUCCUGGUGAAAAUGUAUGGGCGCGCUCCUAGACUUACCUACCUCACCGUGGGCAGCACCACGUCCGAAGUUGGGCCAGGAUCAUACGAGGUCAUUCAAUACAAAACCAAAAAAUCAGAUGGCUAUGCUCCGUUCCUCUCACUCUCCAAACGGCCCUCUAUGUUCCACAGGUCCAGCAAUGACAAAGCCUUGCCUGGACCGGGACAAUACAACAGCUCACAUAGCAAGGAUAACAUUCUGGGAGGACAAAGUCUAAAGAAUCGAUCAAAGCGGUUUGAUGAGGUGGUGUCAGAAGUCCCGGGCCCUGGAACGUACAACGUCCGGCAGGCAGCAGGAAACACACUGAGGGGAGCUGAGAGUGAGCCUCCGGGGAAGAGACGGACUAAGGUGUGGCUUCGGGGUGUUCCUACUCGCCUCAAGUUCCUGCCACAGCCAGACAUUCCUUCCAUCCCGUCACCUGGCCAGGCCUUUGGCUAUGAAGACAAUGGACAGGGAUUUCUUUGCAAGCAAAAGGCACCAGAAAAGGAUGAUACAUUAGGACCUGCUUUCUACAACCCAGUGGUGGCAGAAACCAGCUUCUCUCUGAAGUACAAAGGCGUCCAUUUUGGGAAGAUGACAGGGAAGCGAGGCGAGGUGAAGGGAGAAGAGGGCCCUGGACCAGGGCAAUAUGAUCCUGAAGAGUAUUCCACGACAGAGUACGAGAACGUCAAUGUGAGGAAGGGGCAGAAGAGUCGGGCCGAGCUGGUCGUCCCACGCUACCACGAGAUUGUCACCUUGCAGCAGGAGAAGAAGGGAGUGCCAGGUCCAGGCCAGUACCAUAUCAGGAGUCAGUUUGAUAAGCCGAGCAGCCCGUACGGCAAUCUACCUGUCUUCAGCCCUCCUUUCCUCUCUCAGGCGCAGCGGUUCAGUCCUGUGAAGGAACUGGCUCCUCCUGUAGGUAUGUACAAUGACCCGCGCUGUGCUCUGGAGAUCCUCAAGAAGACCACUGGAAUGCAGAGAAAUCCCUUUGGUCUGACUGCUGUUCGGUUCCUCCCUGACAGCCGGAAACAGUCCACUCCAGGUCCUGGUGCCUAUAAUAUGUUUGAAUAUGGCCUGGCCCAGGACAGCAUAAAAAAGGCUUACCUAGAGAGUACCAGGAAGGGAGGCUUCGGCUCGACAGCCCAACGCAGUCUCAUGUUCCACAACAAUGAAGAGGUUCCUGGGCCUGGCCAGUACAAGGUGGAGAAGAAGACAGAGGAGCUGUACAAGAAGCAGCACACAGCAGCAUUCAAGUCGGCCACAGAACGACUGGCCAUAUCCCUGGUGGCUAAAGACACCCCUCCUCCAAGCUCCUACAACGUGCGGGAGUCUUUUGAGAAGACGUAUGGCCGCGCCUCCUUCUCAGAACCCAGGAGCGAGGGGGGCAGGAGACGCCAGAGCUCAUUCCUGAGCGCAGCACCCAGACACUCCUCCUUCUUGAGCUACGAUCCGGACUUCCCAGGUCCAGGUCAGUAUAGUCCUGACAUCAAGUCCAGUCCCCAGAUGGCUCUGAUCGUGUCCAGGGAGGAUCGCUUCAAAGGCCCCAAGAACACCAACCCCGGCCCAGGCACCUAUGAGCUCAGCCCAGCGAUCAUGGACACGGUUCUGAAGGGCACGUUCAACGUAACCCUCAACAACCCACUGAGCAACCACUACCCUGCCCCUCACCUAUUGAGUGCCUUGCCGCCGCCGCCGCUCACCCUCAACAGUGUAUAGAGCAGGGUCAAAGGGAGCUUUUUGGAGGAAACCACAGACUGCCCUGAUGUUUCAGCAUUGGGAAAUACAAUUCAAAUAAAUAGAU